AUGAGCUCAGCCGGGGACCGGCGGCGAGCUGCCGCGGAGGGGAUGCUGCGGGCGGCGGAGAGCGGGGCUGGGGGCCCGCGGCCCGGGGAGGAGGAUAAUCAACAGUGGAUAGAAGAGAGCGUUAAAGUGCCAGCUGGAAGUGGUGCUGUUGUCAAUAGGAGGAAGUGGAGUCCUCAUAACGUGAAAGAAGUAGAAGAAACUGUCGAAGAGCUGUUGGCGCGGCUGGAGGAGUUCUGCGGCAUCACCGACCAGAUUAGAAGUGAUACAUCCCAGAUCCUGGAUGAGACCAUUCCACUAAUUAAAGACAAGGUGAUGGAAAUGAACCACAUCUAUGCCAAAGUUGAUAAAUUGGAGGCGUUUGUAAAGAUGGUUGCACACCAUGUUUCCUCCCUAGAAGAGCAAGUGCUUGAAGCAGAGAAGACUCAUGGCACCUUUCUUAAUACCGUUUGCAAAUUAUUUCCAUGUACAACUAUCCCUUCUUUUAAAAACAGACAUCAUCUAUCAGCAGAACACUCCUAUGACCUGCCUAAACUCUACAGAACCGAAGACUUUUUUCCUAUGAACUAUAGGAAGACACCUGAUACCUCUUUAACGCCUAUCAUCCAUGGAUGGAAAUUCAGUUUUGGACAGAUUGGAAACACAAGACAACUUCAGCAUCAUGAAGUCAGGAACAACCAAAUCUAAAGUUUAUAAAAGCAACAUUUGAUUUUUUGGAGUUUACUGUCUAGCUUCAACCUGGUGACUCUUGCACUAAGAGCUCCAAUGUUCCACCACAGAGGAAGGACUUCAGUGGAAGACGACCAGGGAUCCAAGUGAGAGGAAUCAAUAAGGCUGAUCUUUCUUACUUUCCAUUCAUUUUCUUAAAGGUUAAAAAAAUAUCUUCUGCAGUCCAGCAGACAGGGAUCUCCUAACUCAUUCACACACUUCUCAUUCUUGCUAGAUUUCUGGAAUUUUCCACUGGUGCCAGAAGCUCCAUCUGGUGGGUGUGUAUACUAACUGCAUAACUGUAAGGGAAUUAACUAUUUCCUUAUCAACUUUUGUUAAGCAGUGUAAGUUUUAUACACUAUAUAGUUCUUAUGCCCUAAUAUCAAACACAAUGCCAAACAUGGCCAAAUUUUGAUUGCUCUGGGAACCAUAA